UCCAUUCAGUCAAACUCCAUCCUUCGAAUGGGAGAGAUCCUCUCGCGCGUGUAUCUCACGCUUAUAUUCUAUUCCAUUUAGCCGCCAAAAAUUUAAGUGUUUGAAUUUCUAUUAAAAAAAAAAAAAAAAUUUACCUAUUGUGUCAAUUAAAUAAAUAAAUUUUUUUUCCGUCUACAUAAUCUUUUAAUUAAAUUGUGAAACUUGUUGAUUGCGUGUUAUCAAGAAAGUGUAAUGAUUAUUAUUGUUUAUCAGUGAUAAUACAUUUCAAUUAUGAAAGAUUAAUCUGGAAUUAAAUGAGAUUUACAUUACGAUUAACGGCCGAUAAUUAGAUCUGCUUCCUGUAUUUCGAGAAAUUACGUGCUCUUUCGAAAUAUAAUCGUCUGGUGUGUAUUCUAUGGCACGUUCUAUGAUGAAAAUGAACUCCUCAGUGUACGCCACAUCCUGUCCAACACUACAGUCCAACUUGUCAUUGCACAGUUCAUAUUACAGUGAAUACAGCAAUUCAACUCGAAGAAGAUUAUCAUCAACAGGUGAAGCGGAUACAUCAGCCACAUCAAGCUACGAGGGUAGCGAUAGUUCGGAAAAUAGCGAUGAAAAUCGUCUCGAGCCAGUUUCACAAAUUGAACGUGAACAAGUUGAAACAUUUUUCCGUGGACUAAAAUCACAGGUAUUCGUUUGUGAAUCCCUGGCGAAUUUAUAUUUGGGCAAUGCAACACAACCAGAAGGAUGGUCAUUGCGUUUCACUGGAAUACCUGUUGUUGUUUUAGACUUAGGAGAGACAAGAUCACGCUCCAAGAGAAGAAUACAAAUACUUCUAGCUGAACGAGGGACAUGUUUUACUUUAUGGAAAGAAACUAUUGACAAUCUCACGUCUUACAAGGUGUCGGGACCAGCGUUUCACACAAUGUGUCUUUCAUCAGAUCACACAAGACUAGCAGGAUUUAGUUUUGAUAAUCCAAAAGCAGCGAGUGAUCUUUGGCAGCAUAUAGAGCGUCUUGUGGCAUGUCCGGAAAAUAUCAGCUUGUCAGUGCCGGGGAAAAAGAAAAAGAAGAAACCAGUACAAAAGAAAGUGGUACUGCCGGCAAAGAGCAAUAUUAGUCAACCAUGUCAAUUUCAGCAUGUUACUAGUGUUGAUUUGACUGAUAGGUCACGAUAUUUUUCCCUCCAAACAUUGGUGCCACCACCAAAUGAACUCGAUGUUUCAACUCACGAGCAAAGCUUUUAAAUAACGAUGCAAAAAACGUCCGCGAAUUUGGCGCUUUAAUAAGAGCCACUUUAUAUAGUUUUUUUUUUCUUUGAGGCUGAAUUUCCAAGUCACUAUUAUUGUGUCAACUUUAAUUAUAGAGUUAUGACAAGAAAGUCAAUUGCAGAGAAAUUCAAAUGUUCCCGCCUUUUAUUUUUAAAUACAACAAAUAAUCACUUGUUAUAAAUAUUAUGAAAAUUGUAUCUUCAGAGCGGAUAAAAAUAUAGUUUGCAUGAAAAAAUAUAAAUCUUCGACAAUUAUCGAUAAUGCAUUAUGUUUUAAAAAUUGAAAUCAAAUAUGAAAAGCUGUUUUUUUACUAAGAAGAUAAAAAAAAGUGCUUAUAUAAUAAAAUGAGACUCAUCCAUAUCAUGAGUAUAAAAAGUGACAACAUAAGUUUAAAAAAUACCUAAUCAGCAAUUUUCUGCAGAGUUGUGUUUUCAGCUUUGCUGCUUAAUUUCAACUUUUAUUAUUUAGAAUUAGAAAGUAUUAUAUUUUAAUUACAAAAAAACAUUUUAAAUGUACAUUCUGCAAAUUAUUAUUUUCGUUCACGCUUUGAGAACAAGAUUUUAUUUUAAAAUUAAAUAUAUAAAAUUUGAAUCCAAUAAUUGAUUCAAAAAUAAUUUUUAACACACAUAAAAAUCACUAUAUAUAUAGUAUAUUGCGAUAUAUGUAAGGGACGUAUAUAGUAUAUUUCAUGAAAUUAUACUAUAUAAAAGUAAUUUAAAAAAAAAUUAUAGAAAUUUUCUUGAAGUAUUUUACGGCCAAUAUUACUUACGGCCAUAAGAAGACUGGAUUCACUAUCCGAUAUCAUAUAUUCUAGAAAUAAAUAUUAUAUAUUAGGAGUACUAUAUUUAGACUUCUAUCGCAAAGUGCAUCAUUCACAUGAUUCCUCAUCAUUAUGUAUACCGGACUGGUGUCAUUUUUUAAGGAGCUUAUUUUUUAGAUACUUAACUUAAAAAAACAGCGAAUAGUAGUUCUCAUGGUUCCACUGUUAUUAUUUCAAGUUUCAAAUUUGACACAAAAACAGCUUUAAACGAAACGACGCUAGUUCGGACACUGUAUGUCAUUCAUAAAUAAUAUUCAAUAAUAUUUACUUUGUAUUAUUUUAAGAAUCAAUUACAUUAGAAAUUGUUAUUUUAAGUUUAAUUUUAAUUUGAAAAUGUAUCAGUUGUGUGAGAUUGAAAAAUUGAAAAAAAUUCAUUAUUUCGUUAUUUUUUUAUUUGGUGUACAUAUUAGAAACAAAAUGUAUUAUAAUUUUUCUCUUCCAACUAAAUAUUGUUUUCUAUUUUUAUUCAAAAAUUAUCUGUUUAUAAUUUUUUACACAAUUGUAUUUCCAUUUUAAUAAGUAUUUUUUGUGUUUGUCUUAGCAAAUCACAAUUUUUGAUAAAAAAUACUAGAAUUUCUUUAUUAGUUUUUCUUUUCACAAUCCUUCGAAUGCAUUAUAAACUAUAUAAAAAUAAUAAUAAUUGUUUAUCUACGACUGUGAUAUAUUUGUAAUGCAUUAUGUUCUACAAUUUGUAGCCACAGUAAAAUGAUAUAAAUUACCUAUCAUAUGCAUUCAUUAUAAAAAUAUUGUUAUAUUCAUGUAAUAAUUGUGCUAAUAAACGGUAUCGAUUUCCGUCAAAUAUAUAUAAUAUU